UCUGUCUGCGAGAGCGUGCGUUCCCGCCCGCUCCUUCAGUUCUCUUCGAGCGCGCUUUCGGCAUGCGUUUGUGAUGGGCCUCUGCCGCCAUGGAGGAGGAACUCAAAUGUCCCGCGUGCAAGCAUUUCUACUCCAAUCCGGUGUUGCUUCCGUGCGCGCACUCGCUGUGCCUCAACUGUGCGUUGAACGCGCAGCAGCCGGCAAACGCGCCGACAGCUGCCCACGUCGCAAACUCGACGUCGUCUUCGGAAGACAGCGGCAACAGCAGCAACAGCGGCCUUGUCGGUUCGUCGUCUGAGAUCGGGACCACAGCGGAUUACCCCGAUGGCGACAAGCUGAGCCUGCUCAGCGAGACGGACAGCGGCGUCGUCUGCACCAGCCGACCGAGUUCUUACGUGGGAACCCCGAACCUUCAGGGUGUUCUCUUCCCGCCGCUGCUUCACAGCGGCGUCGCCCUGCUGUCGCUCGCUUGUCCCGAGUGCCACAAGCUCGUGUACUUCGACGAGAAUGGCGCACACAACUUGUCCCGCAACCGGGCCCUGCAGAACAUCGUGGAUAAGUACGGCGAGACGCGGCGCCUGCCCGUGGCCUGUCAGUUGUGCGAGGCCGAUAGACCGCGGGAGGCAUCGGUGAUGUGCGACCAGUGCGAGGUGUUCUACUGCGAGUCGUGUCGUGAAAACUGUCACCCGGCUCGCGGACCCCUGGCCAAGCACACGCUGCUCGAGCCUCAGCAGGGCAAGAAAAUCCUUCGCGCCCGCUCGCAGGGCGCUCGGGAUUCCAAGUGCUCCGAUCACGUCGACGAGGCGCUCAGCAUGUACUGCAUGGUGUGCAAGGUUGCGGCCUGCGUGCUCUGCCUCCAGGAUGGAAGGCAUGCCAGUCACGACGUCCAAGCCUUGGGAUCCAUGUGCAAGGCGCAAAAGACGGAGCUGUCUCAGAACCUGCAGGCACUCUCGGAGAAAGCCAAGACCGCCACCGAGUUCAUACAGGGACUCAAGGGCAUGUCCGAACGAGUACACGAGAACUGUUCGGCGUUCGAGUCUCAGAUCUCGGCCCAGUGCGACGCCCUGGCCGAGGCCCUGGAGGCCCGGCGGCGGGAGCUGCUGGCGUUCGCGCGUCGCGAGCGCGAGGCCAAGCUCAAGGCGCUCAAGGGACAGAACGAGAACUGUUCGGCGUUCGAGUCUCAGAUCUCGGCCCAGUGCGACGCCCUGGCCGAGGCCCUGGAGGCCCGGCGGCGCGAGCUGCUGGCGUUCGCACGUCGCGAGCGCGAGGCCAAGCUGAAGGCGCUCAAGGGACAGCUGGCCAACUGCACCGUCACGCUGCAGAGGACCACGGCGCUGCUGCAGUUCUGCAUCGAGGCGCUCAAGGAGACCGACCACGCCGCCUUCCUGCAGUUUGCCGAUGUUACGCAACCCCGGGGCCGACUCGCAUCUCGGAACGCGCCCUGCGUGGCCAAGACCGCCGCCGACAGAGACGCGCGCGAGCGGCUUCAAACUUUCUGGCGAGUCGAGUCGAAGUCGAGGAGGUUCGAGAAGAAGAACGGCUGGAGUGCUCCCGGCGCUCCCCAGCUGAUACCGGAAGACUCGACGGCGGAGAACAACUGCGUCACGGUGGCCUGGCAGCCGCACGCCGGGAGCUUCGUCCAGGGCUACGUGCUCGAACUGGACGACGGGAAUGCCGGACCGUUCAGGGAGGUGUACUGCGGCAAGGAGACGCUGUGCACGGUGGACGGGCUGCACUUCAACAGCGCGUACAGGGCCCGAGUCAAGGCCUACAACGCCACCGGAGAGGGACCCUACAGCGACGUCAUCGUGCUGCAUACGGCUGAAGUGGCGUGGUUCGCGUUGGACCCGGUGGCGUGCCAUCCGGACAUCGUGCUUUCGGAGGAGAACGCGACGGCCCGGUGCGAGAGCUACGAGCACCGCGUCGUCCUGGGCUCGCUGUGCUUCUCCCGGGGCGUCCACUACUGGGAGGUCACCGUGGACCGGUGCGACAACAACGCCGACGUCGUCGUCGGAGUGGCGCGCGCGGACGCUGCCCGGGACGUCAUGUUGGGCAAGGACGACAAGGGAUGGAGCAUGUAUAUAGAUCACCAGCGGUCUUGGUUCCUCCACGCCGACCGGCACGAACACCGAGUGGAUGGUGGCGUUGAGAGGGGUUCAGUCAUCGGAAUACUGCUCGACUUGGACAGGCGUCAGCUGUGCUUCUACGUCAACGACGAACGGCAGGGACCGCCCAUCGCCCUGGGAGCGCCGGUGCAGGGACCGAGCGCUGCACUGUACCCGGCGUUCAGUCUCAACCGCAAUGUCCAGCUGACCGUGCACACGGCCCUAGACCCGCCGCAGUCGUCAGACGACAGUGAUGACGCUGCUGACGAUGCUGAAGAGCCACCGCACGAUCCUCUUCAUCCCGAUCCUCUACCGCCCGGUGCCAGGAACGCAGCACCCAACCUGCCACCUCCUGUGGUGUGAAGAUUUUAAAAAAUUUAUUUUCUGUCUUUUGUCGAUGGCACGAGAAAUACAACUUAUUCGUUGUUGGGCCACAUGCAAAUUCAACACGGCGCUGUGUGCCAUGAAAUGUGUUUUGAAAGUUUGAGAACGUGGUGUUCAGCUUGAAAUGCUCGGCCAUUGUUUGGCAAGUGAAGCUGCCAGCACGGUGACGCAGGAAUGAAACUAGAAGACGCUGCGGCCACAAUGAUGGUGCGUAAAUUUGAGAGGUUGCCCACUUUUACUUUGCAGGUUGUCACUCAAAAGUAUUUUUUUGUAAUGUAGCACCUCCCCAAUAACACAAACAGCAGACGUGUGUAACCUUCAGCGUGCCAACCUGUCAUUACAGUAAGCAGUAGAGCUAAGGCAUGGCCUCACAUAUCCGGUGGCACACAGAGCAUGCCGCCAAAUCUCUGAGGCCAUGCUUGAGUUAAGCAUUGGGUGCUUAGAGCCCCCCAUGCUAGUGUAGUGACGGUCUAGCUCUCCGCAGCUGGACCCUGAACUGUUCAGUGAAUAUAAUUGUAAUUCCCCCCCCCCCC